AUGAAGGUGCAAUGCUUGACGGAGUGUGCUGACCAUGGUGAGAGGAGUGGUUCCUGCGGGCUGCCCAUAGGUGCCCUGAACAGGGAUCGUGGCAGGAGCUUGUCUGGCAUGGAAGCAAUAAAUGCAGCAUUUCACCCUUCCCUGCUGUCAGAUGUGCCGGGGCUCCGCUGUUGGGCUGCUCUGAUUCCCAUGGGACCGCGGUGUUCCCCGAUAAGGCUCGAACGAAGUUUUCCGGUGGUGCCUGAGGGCCGAGCCUGUCCGCGGGUUGGUGCGGGAGCAGGAGCGGGAGGCCCCACCCCCGGGCGGUCACCGGCGCCGCUCUAGGACCCGGGUGUCCGGGAACGGAGCAGGAAGAGGGAGCCAGCGGCAGUGGUGGGGCCUGGAGCUGGGAGCGGGGCCCUGGGGGGUGAACGACGUGGGGCCGGGGUGCCUCGCGGCCCCGGCCCCGCUAUGCAGCCGCUGGGGCAGCUCCCGCUGGGGCAGCUCCUGCUGGGGCUGGUGCUGGUGGCUGCUGGACGUGGGGCCCCCCACGACAGCCUGACCUGCUCCCAGGGCCUCAGCUGUCGCCUCCUGGACACCGACGUGCUGUGUGGGAUGGAGCCCCCCGAACCCACCCACGGCCUGGCUCUUUCCCAGCUGCAGCUGGAGCCGGCGCUGCGCUGCACCGGGCCCGCGGCCUGCUCGCCCUGUCUGGAGGCACGCCUGCGCCUGGCGCUGCCAGUUGGCAGCGGCAUCAGCACCGCUGAGCCCUACCUCCCGGCGCCGUCCAGCAUCCCUAGAGCAGCGGACGGUGGUGAAGCAGAACAGUGGUCACCAGCGGGUAGGGCCACCUUGUAUCAGCCCAACGUCACUGUGCUGCUGCUGCUCUCUGGGCACGCGUACACCUCCUCCCGCUGUGUGGUCAUGGAGGUGCAGGCGACCCUGACUCCUGCACUGCCUGGACGACCCCUGGGCUGGGUGACCUUCCGGUGCUUCGAGGCACCACUGGGCUCUGAGCUCCAUGUGAUAGCAUACACCAGCUCACACCAGAGGCUGAGCCAGCGGCAGCGGGUGCCAGACUGCUCAUGGCCCAUUGCACAGAAUGCUGUCCGGCAGUGCCAAGCCCCAAGGCUGCAGGUCUCCUCAGGGCCAAAGGAGGUGGUCGUGAUGGUGCAGGGGGCCACAGCAGGACACAGCUACACCCUCCGGCUCUACCAUAACCAGAGCCAUGGCACCAGUGGGACAGGUCAUGCGGUGACCGCAAGCAGCCCCAUGAACUACAGCAUGCCGGCCAGUGAGGUGCUGCCCUGCCUCUGCCUGCAGGUGUGGCCAGAGACCCAGGACCCACUGCGCACCACUCUGUGCCCAUUUGCUCAUGAUGCUGAGGCGUGGGAGCGUCUAUGGGCACGCAGCCAGCUGGUCCUGCACACCACUGGGCAGGCGCUGAGCUGUUCCCUCUUGUCCCCCUGCGAUCUCUCAGCUGAGCUGGUGCCCUGCUGGCAGCCAGUGCAUGCUGGACCCUGCCAAGCCUUGCCUGGCCUGCAGCGGCCCGCUGUCAGGCAGGGACCUCAGGAGUUUGGAGGGCUGCAGCCGCACCCCAACCUCUGCAUACAGGUGUGGAGUGGCGGGCAGAUCCAGCUGACCCAGUGCCUGCGGGACCGAGCACUGCCCGGCCACCCCAAUGACCUACUGCUGCUGGAGCAUGGUGGAAACACCAGUGCCUCACUGUGUGCCCUGGAGCAGGAUGGCUGUACACUCCUCUCCAGCUUCACCACCAUGGGAGCGGGGCACCCUGGGCUGCUGGAGCAGGAGCUGCAGCGGGACGUGGCAGAGGGGCAGUGCAGGCAGAUCUGGCACUCUGAGAACAGCACCAGCAUCGUGCUCUGGGCCUGUCCCCUACACAAGUGGACCCUUGGUGGGUGCCAGGGGUCCUCAGCAGACAUUGACCCCUGCCCUGUAGACCUGCGCACUCACUGGGCACUCGUGUGGAUGGGAGUGUUGCUGGGGGUCGCCGGCUUUCUGCUUCUGCUCCUGUUGAAGAAGGAGGAUGUGAAAGGCUGGCUGAAGUCCCUGAGGGCUGGCUACAGCUCUGAGGGCCCGUUGCAAGGGCGGCGGGUGCUGCUGCUGCAUGCUGUGGAACCAGUGGCAGAGCGGGUGGUGUGUGCCUUGAUGGCAGCUCUGCACCCGCUGGGGCUGGCAGUGGUGGCAGCACCAGGAGGUGGCAGCGGGGUAGCAACACUGGGGCCACUCCCCUGGCUGCAUGUCCAGCACCGCCAAGCACUGCGUGAUGGUGACACCAUUGUCUUCGUCCUCUCCCCGGCAGCUGUGGCUGCUGCACACUGGUGGGAUGCUGAGGCCAGGGCCAUGUCAGGGGCUGGGGAUGCUGAAAGUGUCCCCAAGCCCUGGCAUGGCCCUGGCCCCAGUGAUGUUCCCACCAUAGCACCUUGUGAGGCAUUUGCAGCAGCUCUGUCCUGCGCUAUGCCAGCACUGGCGUCAGGUAAUGGGCGCUAUGUGGUGGUCCGGCUGGAGGCCUUGGUGCCUGUGGUGCCGCUGUCACUGCAGGCAGCCCCAGCCUUUGCCCUGCCCAGUGAGACAGGGGGGUUCCUGUGGGCACUGGCAGGACCAGGUCAACGGCAGGGCCGGCAGCUGGAGCCCUAUGUGGCAGCAGUGGCCAAGGAGCUGCAGCAGGCACUUGUGGAAUAA